UUUCUGCAGGUACCGGAAAAGCUUCAGCUAUAUCCUCCAGGCUUUUAGAAGCCGCUUAUUUUCAUGUUUUACUCCAUCAUAAGUAGCAGAAAAAUGGCUUUGGAAAUAUAUGAUGAGAAUUUUAUUUAAUUCUGAAGAAAUGUUGGAUCCAAACUUUUUGUUUUUUCAUUAAUAUUUUUUGAUAAUCUCAGGAACUCCCUGAGUCUUUUUCUUUGUAUCCUUGUUUUUUUGGAGCAGCAUCUAUUCUUCUUUUGACUGUCUAAAACUGUCUUUAGAAAUGCUGACUGAACUGAACUGUGGAGGUGUGUCAGUGGGUUCAGAGGUCUGCGAUCUGACCCUCUUACCACCGGCACCCCCUGUGCCAUCCUUACCAGGAGCUGGAACGCUACCUGUUGGUGGCGGCCAAUGGACCCAGCUGCUGGACCUUCAUCCUGGCUCUCCCUACAGCUCCAUGAACUCACAGCACUCCCUCAUAAAGCAGGAGCCCAGCUGGGGGUCUGCCGACCUAACCGAGGACCCACACUGUGGUCUCGGGGCCUUUACCGUGCAUUUCUCCGGCCAGUUCACAGGUUCGGGCCCCUGUCGGGUGGGUGCCUUUGGGGAGACAGCCUCAAGUCAAAGAAUGUUUUCUGGUGGGGCUUACCUGCCUGGCUGUGUGGAGAGUCCGCCUCCAACCAGGAACCAGGGUUAUGGCACUGUCGGUUUAGACAGCAACCCCAGUUAUGGUCACACACCCUCCCACUAUACUCCUCAGCUCUCCAGCCUGUCCUUCAAGCACGAAGACACGCUGUCACCGACGAACAGCAUAGUUGAGCAGCAGUAUCCUGCACCAAAUCCCAUGUUUGGUUGUCACAGUCCGUCAGAAUCUUGCCCAAGCAACCAAGCCCUACUGCUAAGAAACUACAACAGUGAUAAUUUGUACCAAAUGGCAUCUCAGCUGGAAUGCAUGACAUGGAACCAAAUGAACACCCUGGCAUCAAUGAAGAGCAACAGCCAUGCACUCAGCUGUGAGAGCGAACCUGCGCCCCCAGCGCCACCCAUGCUCGUCAGUGCCCAAUACCACAUUCAUACACAUGGUGUCUUCAAAGGACUUCAGGAUGUCAGGCGGUUGCCCAGUAUUGGUCCUUUAGCAGCCAAGUCCACAGAGGCAUGUGAGAAGCGGCCUUUUGUGUGUGCUCAUCCAGGCUGCAACAAGAGAUACUUCAAGCUUUCUCAUUUGCAGAUGCAUGGCCGAAAACAUACAGGGGAGAGGCCAUACCGGUGUGAUUUCACAGAAUGUGGCCGCAGAUUCUCUCGCUCAGACCAGUUAAAGAGACACCAACGCAGACACACAGGAGUGAAACCGUUUGAGUGUGAGACCUGUCAGAGAAAGUUCGCACGGUCAGACCACCUUAAGACGCACACUAGGACUCAUACAGGUAAAACAAGUGAGAAGCCCUUUACUUGCCGCUGGCCCAACUGUCAGAAGAAGUUUGCCCGCUCUGAUGAGCUGGUGCGCCACCACAGCAUGCACCAGAGGAACCUGACCAAGCCACAACCCGCCAUCUGAGCAGUGACAGACUGGGGUGUAAUAUAAAGAAGCUGACAGUAUGUUGUUCCAGCUCGCGAAGAAACAUGCCUGAAGCCUGGUCAGCAGUUUACGGUGACCUGGCAGACUUGGUGAAGCGAUGAGCACAGCUGACGCCAGCAGCACUCAGAUAGAAGAUGCAUCAAGGAUAUUCCUUGAUGGUCAUAUUAUAUCAAUAGGAGAGAUUAUCUGAGCCGAGACUUGUAUUUUUGCUUUAAAUGGCCGAUGAGGAAAAAAUUAUACACUAUUCUGUUUUCAUAUGCUUGCACUGUUUUUGUCAGACUUUGACAAUGUUAUGGACUCUCUUCCCCAGUUUUUGUCAACAUGUUUAUAUGCCUUAUUGUAGAUUUUUCUCACCAAAGUGCUUUGUAUAUAUUGUAUGUGGUGUUUUUUCUGUUUUAUUCUGUAGAUCUGCUUUAGACCUUAUCUAUGUUUCAUAAAACUGAUUUCACAUAAGUGCUCUGUGUGAGUGUGUGUGAAUGACAGAGGAGCGAGUACUGUGAGGUUAAGAGGGGCCACCCUAUGAGAGGUGGUGGUGUGAGAUGGUGGUAAAAGCACGUGAAACGGCGGCCCUCUGUGACUCUGACAUGGUGCAGGUCUGACCCUCUUAAAUCUCAGACACACAUCUCUGUAACCAGGACCAUCUGCAGCCAAGUAAAUAUCAUUAGAGAGCAUACCUCUGUGUUUUCAUGCUGACUGCCCCCUUCUAUACAAGAUGAGCAGCCCACUCAGUACAGAUCUAUUUUAUUAAUAAGAGUAUGAUUGAAAAGUCAGGUUUUUUAGUAA